AUGGGAGACAGUGCUGGUCUGCAGUUUGUGAGCUCCUUCGCCUUCGAGGCCAUGCAGAAGGUGGAUGUUGUGCGCUUAGCAGCUUUGAGUGACCCUGAGCUGAGGCUGCUGCUGCCCUGCCUGGUGAGGAUGGCUCUGUGUGCCCCGGCAGACCAGAGCCAAACCUGGGCACAGGACAAGAAGCUCAUCCUCCGCCUGCUCUCGGGAGUGGAGGCUGUAAACUCUAUAGUUGCCUUGCUCUCUGUUGACUUCCAUGCGUUGGAACAGGAUGCCCGGAAGGAGCAACAACUGAGACAUAAAGCUGGUGGCUCCAAUGGGGAAAGCAUACUGGUAUCACAACUACAACAUGGUCUAACCCUUGAGUUCGAGCAUAGUGAUCCACUGAGAAGACUCCGACUGGCCCUAAGUGAACUUUUGGCCAUCAUGAAUAAGGUGGUCGACUCAAAUGGAGAGUUUUUCUUGAAGCCCUCAGAACUGUUUGAAAGCCCUGUUUACUUGGAGGAAGUCGCAGAUGUUCUUUGUAUUCUUCAAGCAGAACUCCCAUCAUUACUUCCAAUAGUGGAUGUGGCUGAGGCUUUGCUACAUGUUCGUAAUGGUGACUGGUUUCUGUGUCUGCUGGUGGCUAAUGUUCCUGACAGUUUCAAUGAAGUUUGUAGAGGUCUAAUAAAACAUGGUGAACGUCAGGAUGAGGAGAGUGUUGGAGGCCGCCGUCGAACAGAAGCGCUGAGGCAACUCUGUCAAAUGAAUCCUUCACAAGCCCUCAACAUCCGAGCCAUGGUGGUGGAGGAGUGUCAUUUACCCGGUCUUGGUGUGGCACUGACUUUAGAUUACAAACCUGAUGCAGCAGAUGAUGCGGUCAGUCCUCUUGUAUCUUAUGUCAGUGGUCUACUUUUGGGAACCAAUGGAAAAGUCCGCACUUGGUUUAGCAUGUUUAUACGCAAUGGACAGCAGCGUAAAAGGGAAACUAGCUCGGUGUUGUGGCAGAUGCGGCGUCAGUUGCUGCUGGAGCUGGUUGCCAUCCUGCCUCGCUCUCGCAGCACACAUGUUCCUAAUGAUAGAGACAUGGAGGAGAGUGGCAGCUCUGGGCUCAGAGAGGAGCAUGUGGUGAAGGCCAGUGCUCUGCUGCGGCUUUACUGUGCUCUCAUGGGAAUAGCAGGCCUCAGACCAACGGAUGAAGAGUCUGAGCAACUGCUGCAGCUGAUGACCAGCCGCCCUCCAGCCACACCUGCAGGAGUUCGCUUUGUUUCCCUCUCAUUCUGUAAGCUGCUUGCUUUCCCCACUCUGGUCAGCACGCCUGAACAGGAACAGCUCAUGGUUAUGUGGCUCAGUUGGAUGAUCAAAGAAGAGGAGUACUUUGAAAGUGCCGCAGGCGUGUCUGCUUCUUUUGGAGAGAUGCUUUUACUGGUUGCCAUGUAUUUCCAUAGCAACCAACUCAGCUCUAUUAUAGAAUUGGUGUGCUCCACUUUGGGGAUGAAGAUUGCCAUCAAACCCAGUUCUCUAAGUAAAAUGAAGACUAUUUUCACACAGGAGAUUUUUACAGAACAGGUUGUCACGGCCCAUGCUGUUCGGGUGGCAGUGACCAAUAACUUAAGUGCCAACAUCACAGGGUUCUUGCCAAUCCACUGCAUCUACCAGCUUCUUCGGAGCCGUGCCUUCACUAAGCACAAAGUUUCCAUAAAAGACUGGAUUUAUCGGCAACUCUGCGAGACCACCACUCCCAUACACACACAACUGAUCCCACUUAUUGAUGCUUAUGUGAACUCCAUCCUCACUCCAGCAUCCAAGGCCAAUCCAGAGGCCACCAAUCAACCAAUCACAGAGCAGGAGAUUCUUAAUGUGUUUCAAAACUCUGCAGGGUACACCGAUGGCAGCAGAGGGGCAGGACGCUCUUGUUACUCCAUCACAACCCAACUUCUUGUUCUGUAUUACAUCUUGUCAUAUGAGGAGAACCUGUUGGCCAGCACAAAGCAAUUAGCCGCUAUGCAGCGAAAACCAAAGUCCUAUUCGGCUUCCCUUAUGGACCAAAUUCCCAUCAAGUACCUGGUGACCCAAGCUCAGGGGCUGCAGCAAGAACUUGGGGGACUCCAUUCAGCCCUUUUGCGAUUGCUGGCGACAAACUAUCCUCACCUCUGUUUGGUGGAGGACUGGGUUUGUGAGGAGGAGGUGACCGGGACCCUGCCACUAUUGAGGAAGAUGAUGCUGCCUAGCAACACUUGUCGAUACACGCAGAGUCAGCUACACCAGGCUUUCCAAAAGUUACCCUCAAGCAGUCCGAGGUUAAUGCGCAUCUUGGAACAUCUCACCCUGUUGCCUCCUGCUGACCUCAUCCCAUAUGCGGAGACCCUCACCACCAGUAUGGCUUUGCUGCUGGAUCCAGUUGUCCCACGGAGAAUUGUGCAAACUCUGAAUAAGCUGUGGAUGGCUCUGAAUACGGUGAUGCCACGAAGGUUGUGGGUCAUGACCGUGAACGCUCUCCAGCAUUCUGCCAAACUCCUGCGGCAGCAGAGGUACACCCAGAAUGACCUGAUGGUGGACCCUCUCAUUGUUCUCCGCUGUGACCAGAGAGUCUUUAGGUGCCCUCCCUUUAUGGAUAUUGUUCUUCACAUGUUGAAUGGUUACUUGUUGGCUUCCAAAGCAUAUCUCCAUUGCCACCUAAAGGAGACGGCUGACUUUGACAGACAGAGCCUGACUGUGUCGAGCCUGGGGGUGAAUGGACAGCCAGAUACACCUGAGGUCACACGAGAGGAGCUCAAGAAUGCCCUUCUGGCCGCUCAGGACAGUGCUGCCGUCCAGAUUCUUCUGGAAGUGUGUUUACCAAACACAGAGGAGCAACAGCUGGCAGGAAGCACAGAGAGCCUCCUGAAAACUAUCAGGGACACUCAGCCUGGGAAACACAAAGAGGAAAACCCUGGAACAAAUAUGGAGAGAGCGACAGACGCAGGCCUGUUCAGUGACCUGAGGGAAGUGCAGUGCCUCAUCUGCUGCCUACUCCAUCAAAUGUUUAUUGCUGAUCCCAACAUAGCCAAGCUCGUUCAUUUUCAGGGUUACCCUCAAGCUCUGCUGCCUCUGACUGUGGCCGGUAUCCCCUCCAUUCAUAUCUGUCUGGACUUUAUCCCAGAGCUCCUGGCACAACCACAGCUGGAGAAGCAGAUCUUUGCCAUCCAGUUGCUUUCACAUCUGUGUACACAAUAUGCCCUUCCCAAGUCGCUCAGUGUGGCCCGUUUGGCCAUUAGUGUAAUGGGGACGCUACUCACAGUCCUGACCCAUGCCAAGCGCUUUGCCUUCUUCAUGCCCACCCUGCCAUGCCUGGUCGCAUUCUGCCAGGCUUUCCCUCCUCUGUAUGAUGAUGUCGCUGCGCUGCUGGUACAAAUAGGACAAGUCUGUGCCUCUGAUGUUGCCACCAAAGCCAGAGAUAUUGACCCUCUGAUUGCACGCCUUCAGUACAUGAAAGAAAAGCCCCAGGAGGCUGUGGUUUCUGGGGGAAGUUCUUUGACGUCAGCUCAGCGAGCAGCAGAGGAACUGGGAGGUUCAGACCCUGAUGUGCAGCUGUGCUACUGUGUGGAGGCUACGUUUAUGGACAUCAUCAGCUCUUCACUGCACAGACUAUAG